GAGAUUGUGCUUUGUAGAUCAGUAUGAUCGUUGGCAUGUUCUCUACAUAAAGGAAACAAGUGUUCCAACGACUGUUAACAGAUGUCGGAACCGACAGUGCACUUACUCACCACAGUUAGAAAUUAUUAACAACUAACCCGUCCCAAAUCCUUUCGCAUUAAAUGAAAAUAUAAAGCCAUUCAUCUUAUCACGUGAUAUUAGAUAGUGAGUAUACACAUUUAUGUGAAGGUCGAGACCAGUCCAUCUCAGCAGUAGUAUGGGCUGACUUUUGUCAUCACAUGUUCUCGGGACACAAGCGCUGGUUCGUGUUGUACUGUUUUCACUAUAGUAAGUAAUCAAAGAAGAAAAAUUAAUGCUAAAAUGGCUGGCCAAUACCAACGCAGAAAUUGUGAUACCACAGACGAUGGUAAUUGUGGAGAAAAAUAUUCUAAUAUCGAGGAAAAUGCCGCUGAAGAAAUACACAUGCUCCAGAAAACAGCUGAUCAUCGCAGCAAUACCUCACCAGCUGUCCUGCCGCAGGUAAUGGCAACACUCGCAACGUCCAUGUGCAUGGUCGACAUCGGUGCCCUCAUUGCCUUUGGCAGCGUGUCUCUUCCUCGCAUCACCGACCCCGACUCUGAGGAUCUUGUGUUUGAUACGGAUCAAGCUGCCUUUUUCGGCAGCGUGCCCAGCCUGGGGGCUCUGGCUGGGUCGCUCUUUGGCAUCGUCCCGUUGGUGCGACUGGGGCAGCGGGUGACCAACCUCAUUGCAAUCCCGCUCUCCUUCGCUUCGUGGCUCACUCUGGCCACAACGCCAACCAUUUGGCUCGCCCUGCUUGCCCGCUUUGUGCAAGGGCUGUCGACGGGCUUCAUGGCUUUGUCCUGCAGCAUUUACAUCAUGGAACUGUCUCAUGCAGAGAUGCGAGGCCGACUAGUGGCUAUCGUGGACCUUUCGAGACAGCUUGGGGUGCUCUUCGGCUACGGUCUAGGCUGCACGACCCUCAGCUGGCGACAACUAGCGCUGGUGUUCGCCCUGACCAACACCAUCAUCCCAUUCAUAGGCCUAGCGUGUCUCCCCAGCUCUCCCAGAUGGCUGGCAUCGAGAGGUCGUAUGGAGGAAGCAAACAAAGCUAUGGCUUUCUUUCGAGGAUCGACAUAUGACUAUCAACAUGAAAUGCAAGAUAUCCGAAACCAACUCGACAAAGUUAAGAGCAGUCGAAAGAGCACACUUGGCCAACUGAGGCAAAUGAGAGAAUCUUUUAUAUUACGCUCCAUGAUUAUUUUGAGUUUUCUCAUGUUUGGAAUUCAAUACAAUGGUCUUUCUGCUAUUGGGAUUUACCUUGUCACGAUUUUUAAUUCGGCUAACGUCGGUCUUAACUCAUACACAAGCACAGUGAUCGUAGGAGUGUUAAGAGUCCUGGGAAACGCCGUUUAUCUUCUCGUAAUCGACCGUAUGAGGCGCAAACUGAUUUUCUUGGUUUCCUGCAUAAUGUGCGGCGUCUGUCUGAUUCUUCUCGGAGGAUAUUUCUUCGACCAGGCUCACUCGGGUGUCCUCAGCAGCCAGGGAUGGAUACCACUCGUGACUCUUUCGCUUUUCACAUUUUCCUCGGGCAUAUCCUAUCCGUCGUUGGCUCUGUUGCGAGGCGAACUCAUCCCUACUUCGGUGCGCUCCGUAGCCGUGCCGAUUCUGUACGUACUGUACUUCACGGCUGCGUUUACAUCGUCCCAGACGUAUCCUUAUAUGGUAAUGUACCUGGGUGAGCACGGGACGUUUUGGGUGUACGCUGCCGUGAAUAUCGCUGUCGGAUGCGUCGGGGCGUCGCUGCUGCCCGAGACUCGAGGUCGGACGCUCGAACAGAUCACGGUGCGCCAACAGGAGAAGGAAGAAUCGAGAAGACUAAACAAGGCAAGAGAGUGAAACCUGAGGCUUGCUUUGCUCUUCCGAAGUUCCUAGGAAUUAUUGCAUUAAAGCUGUCGAUGGACUGCAAAUUGUGAUAGUUAAUACAAUCUUUAUGAAAUAUGCGACUGGAUACUGAGCUUUAUUAGUGUACUACUCGCAUGUGUAUGUGAUAUGAGUAUUAUAUAUAUACACAAUGUGUG